CAACAACAAAGACUCUCAAAGCUUGAUAUGGGACAUGGAGAAGAAGUUGCUAUACAAUUGAAUCCGGCAUCGAUGGAUUGUCUUUCUAAUGAUCUCCUUGUCCAGAUCUUAUCCUUGCUUCCCACAAAACAAGCUGUUUCAACCUCUGUUCUCUCCAAGAGGUGGAGGGCUCUGUUUGCUUUCACUCACAAUUUUGGCUUCGACACUUACAUCUUUUGCCACCCGAGAAAUAAUAAACAAUAUAAAUAUGAGACUAGUGAAGACAUGCGAAAGAGAUUCAAUGAUUUUGUGGACAGAACAUUGGCUUUGCAAUUGCAAGGGGGUAACAAUAUAAACAAGUUCUCACUUAAACUUUGUAAAUAUUAUAAAGUUGAACAAGGUGACGUUGGCCGAUGGAUAUGUUAUGCCCUGGAACACGGUGUCUCUGAUCUUCAUCUACACAUUAGACAUGCGUGGAUGUUUUCAAUCCCAUCCAAAGUCUUCACCAGCACAACACUAGUUAAGCUAUCAUUGGAAAUACCAUUGUCAGACUUCCCAAACGUUCCGGAUGCAUCUCUCCCAGCACUAAAGGUUCUCUUUCUUCAUUCAAUCUGGUUUAAGGAUGAUCAAUUAUCUAAUUUGCUUCUCCCUGCUUGCCCUGUACUUGAAGACUUAACCAUACGAUAUCCCCAUUAUACUCCAAAUUAUGUCAUAUCCAGCAAAACCAUUAAGAAACUCUCCGUUAGCUUUAGCCGUCGCAAUGGUGAUUCUGUUUCCAGAAUAAUUUCAUUUGACACCCCUAACGUUGUCGACUUCUAUUACUAUGAUUAUCUUGGAAAUGAAUCUCCACAGUGUCGUUUCAAUUCACUUGCCAAAGCUACAUUGGACUUUAGAUUAUUAAAAGAUGACAAGCAACCGAAUGUGAGGGAUCUCAUUAGUGGGAUACGCAAUGUCAAGACCCUUCACUUGACUUCUUAUGCUGUCGAGGUUAGUUUCCGUGUGUAGAUUGGUCUCAUCAUCUUUUUGAUUAUUAACAUUUAUUGUGUGUGUGUU